GUGCUUCUUGGCAACAGUUAUGGGCCAGAAACCGGUAAAUACGAGGCUCUGAGUACGAUAAUCUGGCAACGGUGCCCCUCACCCAAAUCUGGCCACACACUCCUAAAAGGCGGAUUACUCAAAACCAAAGGCCAGGUGUAACAGGCUUAGCGAGGGGAGGCGCAGGUAUAUACGUGACGAGGGGAGGUGCGGCCCGCUGUCACCCAGGGCACCCCACACCUGGCACGCAGCUCGCACGGCUCAGCAACAACUUCAUCAGCAUCCAUUACUCUUCCCCCAGGACGAACUCAGCCCCUCGACCUCCGACCAGCGACAACAUGUUCAUCACCAACGACACGGCCGCCAGCCCCGUGCCCGCCCCUCUAUGGGGUGCGGGGUCUGGCGUGAUGGCGGCCGGACGCUACGAAGUGAAGAUGCUGGGUUACAACACCCCCCCUGACUACCUCGAGUACGUCCACCCCUUCUGGAGGACCUUCGAGGCGCCCAACCCCUUCCUCAACUACAUGCUCGGCGUCUUCUACAUCUUCUUCGGGAUCUUCGCCGUCAUAGGGAACGGUGUGGUUAUGUGGAUCUUUUCGACCACCAAGAGUCUCCGCACGCCUUCCAACAUGUUCGUCAUCAACCUGGCGCUCAUGGAUUUUAUCAUGAUGCUGAAAACUCCCGUGUUCGUCCUCAACUCCUUCAACGACGGGCCGGUGUGGGGCAAGACGGGCUGCGACAUCUUCGGACUCAUGGGCGCCUUCUCCGGGGUGGGCGCCGCCUCCUGCAACGCCGUCAUCGCCUACGACAGAUACAAGACCAUCGCCAAGCCCUUCGAAGCCAAGUUCUCCCGCGGCACGGCCAUCGCCAUAGUGGUCGUGACGUGGCUCUACGCGCUGCCCUGGACUAUCAUGCCCUACCUCGAGGUCUGGGGGAGGUUCGUGCCAGAGGGCUUCCUGACGAGCUGCACCUUCGACUACAUGACGGAGGACUCGAACACCAAGAGCUUCGUGGCCACCAUCUUCUUCUUCGCCUACUGCGUGCCCUCCAGCAUCAUCUUCUUCUGCUACAGCCAGAUCUUCGGACACGUCAGCGCGCACGAGAAGGCGAUGCGGGCACAGGCCAAGAGGAUGAACGUGACCAACUUCCGCUCGGUGGGGACGAAGGAGGAGCAGGAGAAAUCAGCGGAGAUACGGAUUGCCAAGGUCGCCAUCACCAUCUUUUUCCUGUUCUCCAUCUCUUGGGUUCCAUACGCCACGGUGGCCCUCAUCGCCGCCUUCGGGAACAGGUCACUCUUGACGCCCCUGGUGGCCAUGAUCCCAGCCUGCACUUGCAAGACCGUGGCCUGCCUCGACCCCUGGGUGUACGCCAUCAACCACCCCAAGUACAGGCUGGAACUCAUGAAGCGGAUGCCGUGGUUCUGCGUGCACGAGGAGGCGCCCUCAGACACCGCCUCGGCCUCCACCACUGCCACCAAGGAGUAGCGGAGACGUGUGUGUGUUUGUGUGCGUGUGAGUGUUGCCCCAAAAGUGUGGUCUUGGUGGAGUCUUGCAGUGGAAGAGGUAAUGUUUUGUCUGUCUGUCCGUCUUGAUGUUUACCUGUUUUGUGGACUAGACUUACAUAUGUUAAAAGAGAAAAGUGUAUCCGACUGUCUGUCUAUCUGUGUCUCUCUGUCUGUUUGUCUGUGUUGUGUUAUAUUCAUCUAGGUGUUGAGUGUCUUGUCAAGUCUGUACUAACGUCUGUGUCCUGUGCCAUGCCGAGGUGUGUCUGUUGAUGCUUAAUCGUCAUAAUUCUGAUUUCAUGACGUCAAUCUUGUCAUUUGAUAUUAUGUUAGGUUUGGUUAUACUUGUCUCUAUUUACAGUCUUAUGCUAUAUUAGUUUUGAAGUUAUGUUUGGCUUUAUUCUCAGUACCAUGUUAGUUCUGACGUCGUGUUUGUCUACUUGUUUGUUAUGAUAUUACUGUUGUUUAAUUUUCUUGUGCAAGGUUUGGUCCGAAAAGAAAUUGCCUCAUGUCCUUAAAACAACCCAGGCCUCGAGUUUAAGAUGCUAUUGUCUUGAGUAAAUGUCAGACAAAGAAAGAUCCAAGGCUCUCCAAAAGAUUCAAAACACAUAAAGCGACCGAACCCAGAACGCUUUUAUACCGUAACACAAGACAAGAGCCAGGACUGUACAGUAACGAAACACAGGAUUCAAGACACUAUAUAACGCAAGCCAGGAUCAAAUACCCUAUAGCAUCACGCAAGGAUGAAUCAACGACUUCAUAAUUAUCUUGUGUCGACGAAAGGCGGCCAACGAGCGGCAGGUAGCGACGCGUGAUGUGCUGGCAGCCCUCGAUGAUGCAAACUGUGAACCCGCAACCUUUGUAGUAAUUAAUAAACGUCCCAGCAUCG